UGUUUCCUGAUUCGGAACCGUGAAUAGCAGGUGACACCACUAAGGAUUGCCAAGGUCGGGGUGCAUCUUGGUAGUCUCCCCUAGUAUACGGGGUAGGCAACGUCCAAGGGUUGUCUUCGGCUCCUUCCAGAACAGCGGCCAAUCGAUUGAGGGCUUGGAACACAUGGCAUAUCGGAGUACCCCUGGCACGGAUGUGUUAUCGGCAACCGGCUUGUGGCAUUACUCCGACUUUCUCCCACCAUGAUCUCCGACAUGGGUGACGUAUAAGUCGGGCCGGAUCCCAGUAGUAAUCAUUUUUUUCAACACAUACAAAGGCAAUGGCAAUGGCAAUGACAUCUGGAUCGUUGUUAUUAGGUCUUUUGGCACAGCAGGCUGCUGGACAGCUCCUUGUUCCUCAUUCUCCACCUGCAGGUGCCAGUGAACCUGUGCCGAAGGGCGCCUCCUCGUUUUCGAUUGAGUUCUCAUCAGUUGUCGACUACUUUGGUAACACGACGCAUCCUAAUGAGUAUUCACAAAAUCUACUAUUCAACCUAAAGAAUGCCACCGGUGCAUUCCCGAAGAUCCGGAUCGGUGGAACUACACAAGACCGCGCAUUCUACAACCCCAACCAAAACGCAGCUAUCAACCUAACCUACGAAACCCCCACCGAUGACCAACCCAUCAAAGUAACUUACGGCCCCGACUUCUUUCAGUCUUACCACGCCAUCCCAGGUCUUGAAUUCUCCUAUGGCCUCAACCUUGCCUACAAUGGCUCCGACCAAUCCACCCAGCUCUCCUCCGCCGCAGCAGCUGCCUGCAAGAAUAUGGGCUCGGCCCUCAGCCUCUCGGAGCUGGGCAACGAGCCGGAUUUCUACCCGGGAUACCCGAGUUACAAUCGCCCGCCGAACUGGACGAUGACGGAGUAUAUUCGGGAGUGGAACUGGAAGACUGGGGUUGUGACCAAGGCUAUGGAGAAGGAGUGUCCAGGAGUUAAUGUGAGGUUUGUGGCGCCGAGCUUUAUCUGGAGUAAUUGUGAGUUGCGCCCCUGUAAACGACGAUAUGGUGUUGAUGCUAAUGGUUGCAGCUACAUGGACACGGACUGCGAGGAGCGUUACGGACUCACAGACUUAUCAAUGCAAAGUCUCCUUAUGAAUCACACUGGUGUCGUAGGCUCACUAGCCGUCCACCUAGACGCUGCCCGUGACCUCUCCUAUCUCGGACUCCCAUACACCCUGAGCGAAGUCAACGGCAUGGCCCUCCAGGGAGGCGCCUGGACCUGGAGCAUGGGCAGCGCACUCUGGGUUGUUGACUUUGCCCUAUGGUCUACGACAAACAACAUCAAACGGAUCAACUUUCACCAAGGCACCGGCUACCGCUACGUAGCAUGGCAACCUGUCCCUGUUGACGGCGCAGAACCAAACACCCGUCCUCCAUACUAUGGGCAGAUUAUGGUUGCCCACGCUCUGGGCAAUUCCAACUCCACCCGUCUCGCCAACAUCCCUCUCCCCAGCGACACGGAAUCCGCGUACGCGGUCUACCACAAUGAACUCCUCUCCCGCCUCGUGGCUCUCAACCUGGAGGCAUGGUAUGCCAACUCAACCACCACACGCCCGAGCAAGGAAUACACCUUCCGCAUUCCGGGUCGGUAUACCACAGCCAAUGUGCUGCGCUUUAUGGGACCUGGGGCGGACGCGCGCUCGAACCUGACGUUUGACGGCGUGUCGUAUGAUUAUGAGCUCGGUGGUGGGAAACCAGUGGUUGUUGAUGAGAUGGGGAAGAAGGAGAGAGUUCAUGUUAAGGAUGGAAUGGUUAGGAUUGAGGUGCCGGCUUCCUCGGGAGCGAUUUUGGUUUUGAGGUAA